AUGAUGGUUCGACACUAUUCCUUGAAAGGUUUUUAUGAAACAGAGAGAACUGUGGGAUGUGGUGGUUUUGCAAAAGUAAAAUUGGCUACUCAUGUAGCUACAGGAGAAAAAGUCGCCAUCAAAAUAAUGGAUAAAGCAUUAUUAGGAGCUGAUUUGGCAAGAGUUGAAACUGAACUAGGAGCGCUAAAAACUGUAUGCCAUGAACAUGUAUGUAAACUCUAUCAGGUUAUAGAAACUGACACACAUUUCUUCAUAAUCAUGGAAUAUUGUUCAGGAGGAGAACUUUUUGACCACAUAGUAGAGAAGAAUCGUUUAACAGAAUCAGAAAGUAGGAUGUUCUUCAGACAGAUAGUUUCUGCAGUUGCAUAUUUACAUAGUCUUGGUUAUGCACAUAGGGAUCUAAAACCUGAGAAUAUAUUACUGGAUAAAUACCAAAACUUGAAAUUGAUAGAUUUCGGACUAUGUGCAAAACCUGAGGGUGGUAUAAACAAUCUGUUGCAAACUUCUUGUGGAUCUCCUACAUAUGCUGCACCUGAGUUGGUAUUGGGGAAGCAGUAUUUGGGAACUGAAGUUGAUAUAUGGGCCAUGGGUGUACUGCUCUACACACUUCUUGUGGGUGCAUUGCCAUUUGAUGACAAUACAAUUGAUUGUUUGUAUAGAAAAAUAUUGGCAGGUAGAUAUGAAGAACCACAUUUCCUGUCUCUAGAAAGCAAACGGUUGAUAAGAUCAAUGCUCCAAGUAGAUCCUAAAAACAGGAUCACCAUCAAAGAACUUCUCAAUCAUCCAUGGCUCACUCUUGGGAUUUUGGAUCCAGUGGAAAUUAAAUCUGAAAAUGUUAUAUAUCAAGAUCAUGAAUGCUUAGAAGUUAUGGCAUGUUAUAAUCAAGUGAAAAAAGAGGCUAUGUGGGAUUAUUUGAAGCAGAGGAAAUAUGAUUACCAUACUGCAACAUACUUGCUGUUGUUGUCCAGGAAAAAAAGAGGCUCCAGUCUGAAAUUGAACAGUUCUGCAACCAAAGUAGAUAUACCUAAUAAGGGUACAAUAAUCAGAAGAAAACCAGUAUUGAGGAAUUUGAACAUCAUUCAGAGCAGGUCAGAUGAUGUUGUGGGAGAUAAUCAAAUGGUGGAAACUCCUACUACACCUUCAGAAACAACAAAUUUGCAAAUGUUUUUCAAUGACAGAACUCCAGACAACAAACCAGUUAAGAAGUCUGGCUUCAUUGAACCUGAUAAACCUUCUAGUGUCCGAAAGCCACACAAAAGGUAUAGGAGUCCAGGACCUGAUGACAGUUCUCCAGUUCCGGCAAAACGAGUAACAACGGAUCAGUCAACACCAGUGCAUACGCCUGAUAGAAAAUAUUCAGCUAAUAACUCUGAAACGCCAGGGUCGGCACGACGAGUUUUGGGCAGCAUCGAAAGAUCCUUCCACAGGGUGGUGAAUGUGCUGACACCCAGAAAGAAUGAAGACUCGGUCAACGUCAGGCCGUCUUUACUUACGAAUAAAGAGCUCUGUAAUGUUUCCACAACACAGUAUCACGAUCCAGAGUUCGUUAUCAGUGAGUUGUCAAGAGCUCUGGAAAAGAAAGGGAUAUGCUGCAAGAGGAAAGGCUUCACGCUUAGGGGAAAAGUGGAACCGAACGUAUUGAAGAACUUGGGGGACUGCUCCUUCGAGUUGGAGAUAUGCUAUCUCCCCCACAUGGGACCUCCUCCACCGAAAUUCACCGGAACCCCGACUAGAUCCAUUCUGAAGAAGGGCUCCUUGAACUAUAAUAGCCCUGCGCGCGUCAACGUCAUCAGGGAUGGGGAGGCCAAACCAGAUAAUUUCAAGGAUUCAUCGAAUGCACUUGUGGGCAUCAGAAGGAAGAGGUUGAAAGGGGACGCAUGGUGUUACAAAAAGGUGUGCGAAGAAAUUUUGGCGCUGACUGCAUCAGAUAUGAAAGGUGUCACUGAGUCGUCCGUGUGA